AUGGGUAGUACUCCCAAAACCACCUCGUCUGUAGCGGCGAGCCCUGCAAAGGGUAAAGCUGCUGCCGUCGCCGCCACCACUACUACAAUUAAAAAAGCUCCCGCAAAUGGUGUUACCAAGCGACUCGGACGCAAGCCCGCCGCCAAGAAAGGCGCUGGUCGUGGUAAGGGACGAGGUCAGAAGAAAGUUUACAGCGAUACACGCGUUCAAGCUGCUUAUGAACGCCAGAGGGAACUGAGAGACCUCUACUCACAAGUUGCUUUAGCUGUUAGGCCGGCUCUCGAAGAGAUUGCCGAUCAGACUCUCAAGAAGCUGACGGAAUCUAUGGAUGGCCAUAAGGACGUAGAAGAGUACUAUACCGUUCAAGAACAGCUAGACCAACAGCUCCAGCAUGUUAUAGAGACUGCUGACCGAGAACGACACACGCGAGACAUGAUUUCGCAGCGCACUUACGAGCUUGAUCGCACAUUUACCCAGAAGAGAUUUAUGGACUCAUUCGAAUACCAAACCGAAGAACUUUACGAUGGCGCUGAGAACCGCGCCAGCAUUCUAGCAGAGCUCCACCGUGAAGGCCAAGCUGUUGAUACACUUGAUAUGAGUUACCAUUACGUUGACCACGUACCUUACGUCUCAUUUACCGGUCAAUCAGAUGAUGCUGUCACAUCAGGCAAAGGCCGUAAAGGGAAGGCCAGUGGUAAGCGAAAGGCAGACGACCAACUUGAUGGCCAAGCCCAUUCCAAGAAGCCUCGACAUACCGGUGGCCUGCUUGCCUCAGAGCAACAGCCCGAUGGUGUACCAGAAUCUAAUGUCGCAACACCGACGCCACCUGAUGAGCAGGAAUUUGUUGUUUCCGGCAAAAACUUCCCAGACCUUCCCGCCGGUGCUGGCGAUCCCGACGAGUAUGGCGUUCGCGUCGUCAAUAAACGAGCAAAGAGCCCACGCAACAGGUUUAUUGUUCCGCCCUUAUUUCAAUUUGACGAUAAUGAAAUAGGAUUCCGAGAUUCCACCAACGACUCAACCCGGAAGGCCACACGCGCGGUCAGAGGCAUGUUCCUCGACACGCCUAACUCUAAUACCUGGCAUUGGGACCACACAGUCAAGGACUACGACGCCCGAGACUAUAAGGACGAUACCCUAGACCCAGAGGUUGUAAAGAAGCACGGAUUACAUCCAAAAUACGGCAUGUUCCUCCCCAACUCUACUAACGAGUCGGAAUAUGACCAUGAACGUGUCGAUGGAACCCGAUCUGUUGUUGUCGUACCCAACAAGAAUACUACUAUGCAUGCAUCUCGAUCUACUCGACCUAUGAAGAUGGACAUGAUGCUGAAGGAGGAUGGAAUCAAGUGCUCUAUGGCAGGAAUGCUUCAGAAGUUUUGCCAAGAGGAAGACGUCGACCCUGAAGAAAUCAUCACCGAUGAAAUGCGAGAUCGCGAGCGCAGAGUUCGUGAGAGACUAACCAGGUCCUCCGAUGACACCUUUUCUUUGGAGGGAGCAGCCCAUACCAAGCCAGCAGAAACUGAUGGCUCUAUCCACGGAGACAAUGUGUCUCUUCUUCUCCAGGCUGCCGAGAUCUCAGACGCUGACAAACCUACUCAACCGUCUCCUACUACACGGCCAUCUCGCCCUUAUGAUGCGGUGAGAGACGUCUUUACGAGCGCGGAGCCGGCUCCCAGCCGCACAGAACGCUAUUCGGAAGGAGACAUUGCACUUAUGAACGAUUCUUCUAUGAUCGAUCCUCGUCUUCUCGGUCUACCUUCUCAGCCUCCGGUUCUCCCCAACGCAUUCUUGCAGACCGCGUUGAACCCUGCCUCGACUUUCGCGCAUAUUGCACCAGCUCCUACCGCAAUGAUGGAAGCACCGCAGCAGCCUUUGCCCCCUAGGAUCCCAUUCUCAAGCCAGAGCGGCGUGAAGGAGAGUCCGAUUCUACCUCCCCUACGGCCUAAUAGAGCGGAUGGUCUAGGAAAGAGUUUGAAUAUAGCCCCACCUCCUCUGACCCAGCCCUCUCACAGGCAGCAGGAGUUCGAUUCUCCCCGCGGACUAGUUCGCUCGAAUUCGGGGACUUUCUUUGCACCUGCACCGUCACGACCCUUUCACCAGGGUCUUAGUUUUCAACAUGAGUCGACUUUAAUGCCUAUGUCUAUGCAGCAAGGCCCGCCCAUGUCCGGAUCCGGCAUGUUGCUAAACCAACCUCACAUACCUCCUCAUAUGUCUGCUUAUCCUCUUGAAAUGUCUCCCCCUCUACAGAGCCAGCCACACCUAGCCCCUCUAUCGACACAGAUGGAAGUUCCUGUGCCGUCUACAUCACCGACUGGCCCACCUUUGACAUCACCUUCGUCACCCGCUCAUACACCCCGCGGUAGGGGAUCUACAUCAUCGAACGGCAACAACGCUGGAAAAUACCGCAAGAUUGCUGCCGCACCUAUUCCCCACAACCGCCCUUGGCCUUCCAACGGUGGCACCGAGUUGAGACUCGCUCAUUAUGAUCACAAGGAAGCGAUCAAAGACUACCGAGCCAACGAGCCGCCCCCGCGAACCGGGCCCACAACUAUCAGGGGAUGGAAUGUAAACAACGUUUCCAAGAGUCGAAACAAGAAUGUGAAGAAGGAGGACUCCGAGGAGAAGGAAUCUCCAAAGUAG